CUAUUUUUGUAGAAAAAGUACCGUUUUCACAUAAGACUAGUGAGUAUAAUUUCCUCUACAGCACACAGCUAUUGUCAAUAACCAUAUGAUAACGUUUCAAAAAUCAUACAGCUUUUCCGAUUUUUAGUCAGAUUGUUGCUCUACUGAGAACCACUGAUUUUGAAGUGCUACAAUUUAAAAUAGUAUUUCUAAAUUAAAUAAGUAACUAAUUUGAUGUUAUAUGUUUGAAUCCCUCAACCGACGUUCAACCAAUAAUCUGUUAAAAUUAUUGCACCUUUUGACAUAGUCCAUCAAUUUCCAGAUGAUUACUGAAAUACAUCGUUUUUUAUUAUUAGUUGUCUUGGUGAACUCGAAUAUGAUGAUUGAUUGAACAAUAUUCAUUAAUGUAAAAAAUGUUUUGUGAUAAUCUGUUUGAUAUAUGUGGUUUAUAUAAUUUUGUAGAAAUUUAAAUAGUAAUGGAAAGUAAUGCCGAAACUGAUAAACUUUCACCAGUAAACACAUCUACACUUACAUGUGACUGUAUGAACAAUUCAAAAACUGAUAUAUCUAAAGAAAAUAAUGGCGUUGAGGGUAAAACAGAUGGUGUAUCUACUUGCUCAAAUCCAAACUGUCCAUACUCUUAUCUUAGACGGAAUACUUUCACUUCAGAGGCAUUCAAAAUACAACUGAAGAACAUUUCUCGUCAUGCAGGUUUCUCUGUAAUGAAGAAGAUGUUACAGUCAUUGAAUGUAAAAUUUUGCAAGAUAAAGUUUCCAAAAUGCGGUUUAGCCUUUCUUUCAUUUGAAUCUGCCGCUGAUCGUGAUUUUGCUAUCUCUGUUUUGGAUGGACACAUUUGGAAAGGUUCGAAAAUAGAAGCUAAGAUUGCUCGUCCUCAUGCUGAUCCAUUAAUGAAAAGGCGAGCGGAAAGUGAAAUAAAAUCUGAACUCUUAUCAAAAGAACAACAUAUAGAUUGGUUAAGUGAAUCAGUUGACUUGGAGAAAGCUCACGAAACACUUCGUGACUCCAUUCUUCCAUUAUGGCGUUUGAAUUACGAUCCAGAUCAAUUGAUUGAGAAACGAAAUCUAGUUUUAAAAUAUUUAGCUGAAACAAGAAGGAGAUUGUUGUUGAUUAAUCCAGAAAUCGGAAAUGUUGACAGUGUGAAAUUUGUAGAAGAAUCCGAUUCAAAAGGUCAAACAACUAUAUGUAAACUUGCUCCUAUAGUUCCAUCUCCUAUUCAAACUGAAUAUCGAAAUAAAUCUGAACUUACUAUUGGCUACGAUGUGGAUGGAUCAGGUCCAGUUAUUGGUUUUCGCUAUUCCAAGUACAAGGGAGGUUCAGUUGCCGUUGGUUCGUUUAAAAGUUGGAACUUUAUGCCGAGAAACUCUACUAAAGUCAUAGAUGCUUUACAAAAGUUCGUAACUGCCUGUUCUAAAAGAGAAUUUAAAGAAUUACCUUCGCUUAAUGCUUUUGAUCCUAUCACGUAUAAUGGGAACUGGCGCCAUGUACUCAUUCGUGAAUCAAGGUCUGGAGAUACAUUAGUCGUUUUAUACAUUAACGCAUAUGGCUUUACUGAGGAGGAUAUAAAUAAUUUGUUGAACGAGUUACGAACAUGGUUCCAAACUGGUCCAGGCUCAGAUUCAGGUUUAACUAACCUAUAUCUAUCUGUGUCUUCAAGGUCAGGUAUAAAACAAUCUGGUGAAGAUCUUCGUCAAGUUUUUGGUAAACCUUAUAUUAUUGAACAAUGUUGUGGAUUAAACUUUCAUAUAUCUAUUUCUGCAUUCUUCCAAGUAAAUACACUUGCUGCUGAAUUAUUAUUUGAAAGAAUAUCAUGUCUAUGUAAUUUACCUUCAAAAAAUGAGAUUACAUGUAAUAAUGAAAAUCUUAAUGAGAAGAAACGAAUACUGCUUGAUGUAUGUUGUGGUACUGGAACAAUAGCUUUAUGUCUUUCAAAGCAUUUCGAUCGUGUAAUUGGUAUUGAUAUGUGUAACAGUGCAAUUGAAGAUGCUAAAUCAAACGCAGAAUUGAAUGAUAUCCAGAAUGUUGAAUUUUUUGCCGGCAAAGCGGAGAAUAUCUUACGAAAUACUAUAGACAGUUUACCAGAAUGCUGUGAUUUGUCAGUUGUAGUUGAUCCUCCAAGAGCUGGUCUACAUCAUUCUGUUAUUCAACUGUUGAGAAAUUGUAAACAAAUUCAAAGAAUUAUCUAUAUUUCCUGUAAUAUUGAAUAUGCUGUAGAAAAUUUUUUAAAUUUUGCUAGACCUUGUUCCAAGAAAUUCACAGGAAUACCAUUUGUUCCAACUAUGGCUGAGGCUGUCGAUCUUUUCCCACAAACUCUGCAUACUGAAGUUAUUUUACUGCUUGAACGUAUUCCAUAA